GAGACUAAAAGUAAACUUGUCAACGAAUCAACAAUCAUCUUAUUAUUUGUUUAUCUUUUUCUCUUAAAUAUAUUUUUUAAUUCUCUCUGUUAAUUGUUUUCUCUCAUCAGUCAAUCUAAUUAGCUAAAUUUAAUUGAAAAGAAAAAAGUUACUUUUAAUUGAGUUUUAAUUGUUUGAUGAAAACAACAACAACGAUGAAUUGGUUAACAUCAACAAUUGUUUCUUAUUUGAUUAUUGUAACUGUAACUCCAUUGGUCUUUGUUGAUGGUCAACAACCAUCACUGGACAGUCUUCUUGGUGGAUGGUCAACAAUUUUGGACAGAUUUAAAGAUGAACUUCUCACUUCGAGACAAUAUCCUGGUCCGAUUCGAGGUACAUAUGAAAAGGAAGGUGAAUCUUUAGCGAGUUCAGAUUCAUCGGCUUCGGAGACAAUUGGAAACACCGGCGGUGGGGAAAGUGAAUCAUUUAAUCCGGACGUUGUUGUGGUCGAUAAAAAUCCCUCUGUAAUCGGUGGUGGAUUUGAUUCACCACGAGAACCACUUAAUCCAAAUUGGCCUUUCAAAGGAAUCGCUAAUCCAUGGAUUUGGAAGGGAAUUGAUUCAAUCUUAAUCCCUCGUCGUCCCUGGUGGAAAGGACCCAAUGUUUGUAUUGAACGUGAAGUGGCCGAGGAUUCACCUGAUUCAAAUGAUUCCGUUAAUAAGACUGAAGGAUUAACGAGUCUAAUCCCGUUCACUUUGCAAUCAACUCAGUGUAUGGAAAGUGAAACCGCUUAUUCUUGUGUGACCAAAAUCCGAAGUCCAAAAGAGUCAAAAACAUCAACAAUUAAGUACCAAUGCUGCCAUGGAUCACGUCGCGUUGAACCCGCCGGUGAAUGUGUCGAGGUCAAUUUGAAAAAUAUCACCGCUACUUUAAAGGAAAUCGGAGCAACGAAAAUGGAAUCACUUUUCAGCCGAUCAACUUUACCUCUUUUACGAUCAAAUAAUCAAGAAAAUGUGACGAUUUUCAGUCCCACCGAUGAGGAAAUGAUGGAUUAUGAAGAUGAUAAAAAUAAACAAAUGAAUGAAAUUCCGGCUUCCGGAGAUGAUUCCAAGGAUGUUGAGCCCAAAGAAAGCGAUACAAAUGAUAUGGUCUCUCAUCAUAUCGUUGCUGGUUUAUAUAAAACUGGCGAUUUCCACAAUAAUAUGAUUCUACCAGCAAUUAACAAUGAAUCAACAAUUCGUAUCAAUGUUUAUCAUUAUCCGGAGAAAAUAAUCACCGCUAAUUGUGCACCGAUCAUAAUGCCAAACAAUUAUGCUUCAAAUGCAAUAAUUCAUUUAGUUAAUCGAGUUAUCCCUCGACCAACAUUGAAACUUUUCAAUUUAAUUGAAAACGACCCUCGAUUCUCAAUCUUCAUGAGUCUCGUUCGUCAAUCUAACUUAUCCGUUGAACUUUCUGAUUCCGAGAAAUCUUUGACCAUAUUAGCACCAACCGAUGACGCUUUCCGUAAACUUGACCCAUCGGUUUUGGAGAGACUUCAAAAUGGUGGCUCAUGUUACAAUGUGGUCCUUGAUAAUCACGUCAUUCCAUCCGUGAUCUGCUCCUCCGCGAUAACAACAAUGUACUGGCAUCGAUCUCAGGCCAAUAAUAGAAUUGUUUUAACUCGAAAUGAGGACAAUAAAUUGUACGUUAACGAUGUUCCAGUUGAAGGUAGCGAAUUACUUGGUACCAAUGGAAUCGUUUAUCCAAUCGGCGAGGUUUUGAUUCCCGAUAAUGCCAAGCCCGUUUCGGCCAAUCUCGAGAAUCGAUUCACUUCCCAUUUCCUGAAAUUAGCCAAUGAAUCUGGAGCAAUUAACGAUUGGGACUCGAUGAACAAUAUUACAAUCAUCGCACCGAUUAACAAUGCUUUUAAAAAGCUCGGUGAAAAUGAACAAAAUCUCCUGGACAAUUCAACUGACCUCGGCUCUUAUGUUGCUAAAAAUCUUAUUUCUCAGUCCAGUUUCUUUAACAAUAAAAUUAUCGAAACUGCAAAUGGACAAAAGCUUCGUCUCAAUGUUUUCGAAGAGAUUCCCGGACUAGUCUCUCGAGCGACCAUUCAAUGUGCUCGAAUUGUUCACUUUAAUCGAGAUGUUUGCAACGGAGCAGUUAUCAUGGUCGAUUCAAUUCCAACUCCAAGUAAAUCGAGUAUAAUCACCGCUCUGGAAUCGAUGGAAGGUUUUGCAAUUUUCCGAGAAUUGAUUCGAAAUUCAUCUUUCGAAAACAAAUUGUCCACCGAAUCAGGUCCAUUCACUGUUCUCGCUGUCGACGAUGCUUCUCUUAACGAACAGUUCACCGAAAAAGAAUUGGCCAAAUUGACCUCCGAUCCUUCGAGAAUUGAGCGUUUACUUCAGAAACACAUUCUACCCGAAAUGAUCUGUUGCUCAUCGAUUCGACAAGCGUCAUUCUUGGUCAGUUUCCAAAGGUUCCGUGUCAUGGAUGGGUCAACACUCAACGCUCAUCGGGAUGUUCAUGGUAACAUUAAAUUCUGGGCUCCAUCAGCUGAUGGAAUGUCCACCGUAAAGAAAUGUGAUAACAUGGCCGAAAACGGAGUAGUUCAUGUGAUUAACCGAGCGAUUCACGAUUCAGGUCAUUCAGUUGAUCAACCGAUGAACCGACGACUUGGACACAUCCCUUUGAUCAUUCAAGGAUUUUGGAAAGUUUGAAAUGAUCAACCAAGGGAAUCAGUUAAUCAACUUUGAUAAAUCAUUUUAAUCCGAUCAAUAUUAUGACCAUUGGAUGUGUUAAUCCAGUUCCCGAAUUUUCAAUUUUAAUUAAUCUCAUUUUCUAUCCCUUUUUAUUAUUUAUUGACUGAUCUCUUUCACAACAAUUUAAUUACUGUAAAUAAUUGGUCAUCUCAAUUAACAAGUUUGUGUUAGGCUUAAAUUGAGGUGUGAACAAGAAACUCACAAUUAAUUGUUAGUGUUGAUUAAUAAGAGAGUGAAAUUUAUUAUUGACAGCAAUUAAACGUUUUUUCAACCAUUUAAACUCAAUAAUUUCCAUGCUCAACAAUUAGGCUUUAAUUGUUUACGUUUGUUUACUUAUCAAUAUUCUGAUUGAUUGAAAAUUAAGGUAAUAGUCUUCAUCUAAUUGUAACAAUUAACUCCUUCUCUUGGUCAAUUUUGUUAAAUUGUCAGAUCAACAAAUCGGGAACAAUUUGUCAAGUCAAUGUAUCAACUCAAAUUGUAAUUAAAACUACAAUUAAAUGAAACCACCUAA